GGGGGAGUUUACUCUUUUGAGGAAGUCACUCAGCUUAAGUCAAAGGUGAAGGCCAAAAACCUACACAGUAGAAAGUGGGUGGUUAGUAGAAGCCAGGUCUCUAAAAAAAGUCCAGCACACAAGAAGACAAAGGUAUAUUAGAACUAAGGACAAAUGGUGAGGAAUGCAAUAGGAUUACACUUGCAAUACUACAAAGUUGUGGUGGUGAUAAGGGCCUGGGAAAACACUCCAGCAAU